AUGGACAAGUUAUUGAAAGGCAUCAUGAAAUAUAGAUGUAGCGUUAGAGAGCAAAUGGUUAAACAGUUUUUACAAGUCAAGGACAAUCCUACCCCCAAAGCUGUGUUUUUCACAUGCAUCGACAGUAGAAUGAUACCCAGUAGAUUUACACAAACCAAUGUAGGCGAUAUGUUUAUUGUAAGAAACGCGGGGAACAUUAUACCUCAUUCGCAACAUUUUUUUGACGAAUUAACGACGAACGAACCGGCUGCUUUAGAGCUGGGUUGUGUGGUGAACGACAUAAGGCACAUUAUAGUGUGUGGACACAGUGAUUGUAAAGCCAUUAAUUUAUUGUACCGGUUACAGGAUAGUGAAUUUGCCUCUCAGGAUAACCGCAGAAUAUCUCCAUUACGAGCCUGGUUAUGCACGCACGCCCUUUCUAGUUUAGAAAAAUUCCAGCAAUUAGAAGUAACGGAUUACAGCAAACCUCUUAUAUUCCAAGCCGAAACUCCGCUUAGGAAAUUCGUAGCCUACAUUGAUCCAGACAAUAAAUUUAAUCUAGAAGAUAAACUUUCGCAGAUCAACACCUUACAGCAGCUACAGAACAUCGCGAGUUACGGGUUCUUGAAGAAAAGGCUGGAGAAGCACGAGCUGCACAUACACGCUCUGUGGUUCGACAUUUAUUCGGGAGAUAUUUACUAUUUCAGCAGGGCGGCCAAACGGUUCGUUUUAAUCGAAGAAGACUCUUUCGAAAACCUGUUGAAAGAAAUCAAAAAAUACUAUUCCUAG